GUUGUCUUUUUUAUAUCAAGAAAAAAAAAAACAAAAAUAAAAAAUAUAAAUAAAAAUAAAAUAAAAAUUAAAAAAAAAGAAUCUACCUAUUUAUUUUUUUUUUAAUUUUAAAAUUACAUGGUGCGCUAUUUGAUAUUUUUAACGUACAUAAAAAAAAUAAAACAAAAAAAAAAUAGCAAAUUGAAAAAAUACAAAAAAAAAAUUAAAAAUCCCAAAUAAGUUAAAAAAUAACGGAAUUUACUUAUUGCAUUUAUAAAUAUUCGGGCAAAAAGUAUUUGUUUUAAAAUCAUAAAAAUAAGUCGAAUUCGCGCUACAAUCACCAACAAAAAGAGAGAAAGAGAAAUAAAAAAAACACCGUUAUUUAUUUAUUAAUUUUUUUUUUACAUUCAGAAAUUUCGAAUAUUGAAGUUUUUAAUAUUUAUCUUUUUUUUUUGUGAUAUAUAAAAAAAAAUAUAUUAAAGAAAAUUAAAUGCAAAUAUGAAAUGAAAGGAAAAUAUUUAAAUACAAUAAAAAUAUGAAGUAAAUAAGUAAUAAUUAAAUAAAUAAAUAAAUAAAAAAAAAUAAAUAAAAAAGAAAAUUAAAUCUCUAUUAAAUACCAUUUUCGUCAUUUUGUGUUAAACAAAAAAAAAAAAAUAAAAUAAAAGAAAAAAAGGAAAAUUAAAAGGUAAAAAAAAAACGGUUGACGGCGCUCCUUUAGCACAAGCAAAAAAAAAGAAACAAAUAAAAAUUAACAGAAAUUUAUACAAAAAGAAAACAUAAAUUUUAUUAAUAAAAAUCAAAACAAGGAAAAAAAUUAAAAAGAAAGAGAAAAAAAGGAGAAUAUUACGGUUUUCUUUUUAAUUUCUUGUUACCACAAUCACAUGGUUCGUUAUAAUAACAAAAACAAAUCUAGAAAAAAUGUGACUUUAUCAAGAGAAUAAAAAAAAGUUAAUUUUAAAUUGCCAAUAUCCCACAUUACUAAAAGAGCAAAAUUAAAGUUAAAUUUUAUAAAAAAAAAAGAAAGAAAAACAGGAAACUUUAAAUUAAAUGCGUAUUUUUUAACCACAUUAUAGAACACACCAUAUGUAUGAAUGUAUGGGUACACAUAUACAUAAACAAAGAUUAAAAAAUGCAACCAAAAAUUAUAAAAGAUUUUCUCAAUUAUUUGCAAUAAAUUAAGAAUAAAACAAGUGGAAAAUUUCAAUUUAAAUGACAAUGAAAACAAAUUUCUUAAAUGAAAAAAGAGAAGACCAACAAGGUGAAUUUUAACAAAAAAAUUGCUUAUAAAAAGUUUGAAACUAUUAUAAAUUAAAAAAAAAUAUUCUAGAAUGUCGAAAAUAAGUUAAAGAAUAAAAUUAGAAAAAAAAGAGCAUAAGAGUGAAAAAAUAAAUAUCUCUUUUUUUUAUUUUGAGAAACAAAUACAGAAAAAUAAAUAUUUAUGUGAUGGUAAGGAAACGGUAAAUAAAAACAAGCGGAAAGAGAAACAAAGAAACACACAAGCAAACCAAACCAAAAAAAAAAAACAUACUAAAUAAAAAAAAACGGAACAUUUUACGGAAUUUUUUUCCUUUUUUUUUUUUUUUUGGUUUUGUUUCCAUUUCUUUUUUGUGUGUUGUGCUGUUUUGUUACGGAAAUAUUUCCGCCCUAAACUUCUUCAAGAAUAAUCAUGAGAAAAUUGGAUUACAAAAAAUUUAAACAGCUUACAAUGGCGUUGUUGUUAUUUAUUUGCGGACAAAUUGUAAAUUAUGCAUCUUGUUCAUCGUAUGGCAGUGAAGAAGAAUAUCGAGAUAAUAAUGAAGAUAAUGUUAGAGAAGAACAAUUAGAGGAUAUUCGAGAGGAUGUGAUAAUAAAUUCAAUUCCAGAAAAAGAUCUUCCAAAAUUUGGUGAACCAUUACAGAAUGUUACGGUACCAGUUGGCAGAGAAGCAGUCUUACAGUGUGUUGUUGAAAAUUUACAGACAUACAAGAUUGCGUGGCUUCGUGUUGAUACACAAACAGUAUUAACAAUUCAACAUCACGUAAUUACAAAAAAUCAUCGAAUGAGUAUCACUCAUGCUGAGAAACGUGCAUGGAUUUUAAGAAUUCGUGAUGUCAAAGAAUCAGAUAAAGGAUGGUAUAUGUGUCAAAUUAAUACGGAUCCAAUGAAAAGUCAAGUUGGUUAUUUAAAUGUUGUUGUACCACCUGAUAUCUUAGAUGAUUCAACUAGCACUGAUAUGGUUGUACGUGAAGGUGGUAAUGUUACAUUACAUUGUGCUGCAACUGGAUCACCACCGCCAACAAUAACAUGGAGACGUGAAGGUGGAGAACCAAUUUCACUACAUGGUGAAUCAAAAGAUGGUAAGGGAUUAGAUGUUAUAAGCUAUGAUGGAUCAACACUAAAUAUCUCUAGAGUAAGUCGAUUAAAUAUGGGAGCAUAUUUAUGUAUUGCAAGCAAUGGUAUACCACCUUCAGUUAGUAAAAGAGUUAUGCUGAAAGUUCAUUUUCCACCAAUGAUUACAAUACCAAAUCAAUUAGUUGGAGCUGCUAUCGGACAAACAAUAAUAUUAGAAUGUCAAUCGGAAGCAUUUCCCAAAUCAAUAAAUUAUUGGAUGAAAAAUGAUACAAUUAUUGUUCCAGGUGAACGUUUUCAACCGGAUCUAAUCGAUAAAAUAUAUAAGGUAACAAUGAGAUUAACAAUUAAGGAUGUUCGUUUUAGUGAUUUUGGAACGUAUAAAUGUUUAGCUAAAAAUUCAUUGGGUGAAACAGAUGGUGCCAUCAAAUUAUAUCAUAUACCACAAAAAACAACAACUACAACAACUUCGACAACAACAGUUGCAAUGGAUAAAAUAAAAGUUAUAUUGGAAAAAUUACCAAAUAGAAAAGAAAUCAAUAAUCGUUCUCAGAGGAUGCGGUUAACUGAUUCACAUAAUAGUACAACAAAAAAUAACAUUUAUGCUACAUCAAGCCACUGGAAUUUACAGGAUGCGAUACGAGAUAAAAAUCCAGAUAAUAAUAAUCAUCGAAGUGAUUAUCAUCCAUCAAAAAAUUCAAUACAACGGGAAGCAGAUUCAUUAACCGAAAAUCAAAAUAAAUCAACGUCAUCGGAUUUAGUGAAAAUUGAUACAGGACAAUUUAUUAUUAUAAAUUUAUUAACAACACUAGGUACAUUAUAUUUUGAAAUUAAUUAUCAUUUAUUACUGUAGGAUAAUUUUUAUAUAAUAUUAUAUAAAUAAUAAUUAUAAUAAUAAUUAAAAUAAAAAUAAAAUUAAAUCAUAAUUUAAAAAAAUCACACACACACACAAGAAAAAUAUAUUUAUAUAAAAUUAAAAAUUAAUUAAUAAUGUAUACUAGUGCAUUAUGUUAAAAAGGAAUAAAAAAAUUUAUUGAAAUUAAUUAUUAAAUAAUAAUGACGUUUAUUAUAAUGAAAAAAAAUAUUAGUUAAAAUGUAAAAAAAAUUUUUAAUUAAACCAUUAACGCCCUUAUACCUUUUUUAAAGAAAAUAUUGUAAAUUUUAAUUUAAUUUUCUAAAAAUUAUAGUUUUUAAAGAAUUAAAAUUGUAUGGACUCAUUAUCAUUGUCUUCUGAUCCGAGGUCACAAUAUUAAUUACGAAUUAACAAAUAAAAAUCUGUUUGGUAUCAGUUGUAGCUAUCAAUUGUUGAGUAGCCGCUGAGUAACAAUCGCAUGUAACAAUCACUUUAUCGUUCCAAAUUUAAUUACAGUUUUCGUUCUUGAAUAUGAUUCUCUAAAAAAUACUGAAAUCAUAUUUCAAUUAUAUGUUUCAGAUUCAAACAAUUUACACCUUUAUGCUAAACAUAAUUUGUUUAACCACAACUUUAAUUGUUUCUUAGCGCAAAUCAGUUAUUAAAUUUAUAUACAUACUAUAUAACAGUUGAUUUUGAACAAACAAUAAUUUUUACUAUUCUGGUUUUCUACUAUAAUAUUCACAACCACAAACCUGUAUAGGUACAGAAUGUUUUUAAAUAUUUUUAUCUCACACAGUGAAAAAACACAUACCGACCCAUUAUAUACCCAUACUGUCCCUUAAAAGAUAAUAUGGUGUGAAAUGCAUAGUUUUAUAAAUUUCCACAAAAAAGCAAAAACCAAUUUUAUUUCAUUAAUAUUUCAAAUGAAAUUUAUUAUGAUAUUAGAAUUUUGAACCAAAAAAAAAAAAAAAUAAAAAUUCCGACUUUUUUUUUAAGUUUUUUUUUAUAUUUUUUUAGUUUUUAUAAAAUCUAGAUUAUAAAUAAUUAAAUAUAAUAAAAAAAAUAAAUUAAAAAAAUAUAAAUAUAUUUUUGAAUAAUGAAAAUAAAAGUUGUAAAUAUUAAAAAUUAGAAAAUAUUG